CGAAAACCUAACCUCUAACCUAAAAAUCUCUAUUAACAGUUCCAAGUCAAAAAUCAUCACAAUAGCUAAAGUUUUAAUGAAUCCUUUAAAUAAGUACAUAAUUGGUGAAUAUAUUUUCAGAGAUGUGUGUUACGAGUUUUAUUGAAUUUUAGUCGAGAACGCGAAAAUCUCUUGCAUAUUUUCGAAAUAUUUCCUGGAACGGAAAGCCAACAAAAACCAAAAGCUGACAAAAGUCGAGUCGUUAAGAGCUUCAGUAGGUCGACUGUGGGCAAAAAAAUGCAAGAUCCACAAUUUUUAAGGCCUCCCGAUGUUUUACUAAGAACUGUUAGUUAUUUGCUUGAUGAUAUUGUUUCAAAAAAAGAUUUUUCUUGGACUAUUAUAUAUGAUUUUGUCAUGGAUCGCUUAAGGUCUGUCAGGCAAGAUAUGAUUAUUCAGAAUUUGCCUGUUGCCCACUCAAUCUGUAUAUUACAGCCUAUAGUGAGGUUUCAUGCAUAUGCUGCAUAUAGAUUAUGCGAAGAGCCCCAACAUUUAUUUGAUCCAGUUAUAAAUACAAGUCAUUUGCAAGAAUGUUUAAAAAGAUUGUUAACUAUGUAUGAUGACUGUUGCACUAACAACAUAGAUGAGGAUAUGUUAGUCAGGCAUUUAAAGGAUGUGAGACCUGAAUUUGAAGCCAUGUACAUUCUUUUAAAUUUAGGUAAUUCUACUGCUUUGACCAGAGCUUUAAGGUUACCAACACUAUGGAGAACUAGCAUUGUCAGAAUUUCAAUUGACUUGUCUCUAAAUUAUUUGCAUAAUAAUUUUGUGAGAGUGUGUCGAAUGAUGAAAGAACUACAGUCACCUUUACUUGCAGCUGUAACAUCUCUUCAUCUUCCUGAAAUUCGGAGGAAGGCUUUGAAAAUAAUGUCCACAGCAUAUAAUUGCAAAAAUUUGACUUUUCCUCUGGAAACAUUGCAAGAAAUUUUAAUAUAUGAUGAUUCAGAACAUAUUGCACGAGACUGUGAGUACUAUGGACUCAAAUGUGAAAGUAAUGUUUCAUUUAUAAAAAAUGACUUCCUUUUGAACAAAACAGUGCUGUCACCUGCCCAUGUACAGUUUGUUGAUAAUGAAUUCUCUAAGCGGUCAAUCAGCAAUUUAAUAUUGUAA